AUGGCUUCCACCGAGCAGAAGACGUGGCGUGCUGCCCUGACCUUCGCUGGCGGAGCUGUCAUUGCCCAGUACCUUUUCGGUUCUGGUCCUAUCGUUGCACCAGCUCCCUCAAGUCUUGAGGCGUGCCUCAAUGAUGUGUGCUCCGGCCGAGACGACUGCGUUCGACUCGGUAACACGGCCGAAUGGGCUCAGCCGUUCAAUCUCGGCCAGAGCUCCGUCCCGGCUGCUAUCAUCAGGCCCAAAGACGCCCAGGAGAUUGCGGGCGUCGUCAAGUGUGCUCUCAAGCACGACACCAAGAUCCAGGCUAAGGCUGGCGGACACGGAUUUGGGAACCAUGGCCUUGGCGGUGAAGAUGGUGCCAUCUCAGUUGACAUGCACCAUUUCCAAUACACCUCCGUCGACAUGAUGACUCCUUCUCGGAACGUUCGAGUUGGCGGUGGUACGCGGCUCGGGCAGAUUGACGAGCACCUCCGUGCUCAUCAGCGAGUCAUUCCCCAUGGCCUUUGUGGAGGCAUCGGGAUUGGUGGUCACGCCACCGUCGGAGGCAUCGGGCCCAUGUCUCGUAUGUGGGGAACCACACUGGACCAUGUAGAGGAAGUUGAGGUUGUCACUGCCAAUGGCACAGUCACGAGGGCUAGCAACCAUCAGAACUCCGACCUUUUCUUCGCUCUGCGAGGUGCUGGCGCUGGCUUUGGCAUCGUCACCGAGUUCGUGAUGAAGACGCAUCCCGCCCCAGAGCAGAUUUUCUUCUACACCAACGAGUUAAAGUUCAGCAACCUGGAUGACAAGGUUGAAGCAUUCCAUAGCUGGCAAUCGUUGGUUGCCGACCCAACCCUGGACAACCGACUUGGCACCGACUUUACCCUGACCCCUUCAGGCGUACGCAUCUCGGCUACGUGGUACGGUUCAUGGGAGGAGCUUCAUCAGUCCAACAUUAUGGGCAGACUCCCGGCUGGCGGUGCUGCUUCCCUUAGCCAGGAGACUUGGGACAGCUCCAUUGCGAAGAACGCAGCUGAGGAGUCACGUCACUUGUCUGCUAGCCCUGGCAAAAUCUUCUCCAAGGGCCUCGGCUUCACUCCGGAUGACAUACUUUCUCGGCCUGCAAUCGCCGAACUCUUUGAAUCAUUAGAGUCUCAAACAGAGGAAAAGUCAUGGUCCAUUCGGUUCCAGGCUGUGGGCGGUGCCAUCUCAGAGGUCCCCACAGGCGCAACAGCUUUCGCCCACCGCGACAAGUUCAUGUUCUACCAAUCUUACGCCGCUGGAGACUGCAAGACUACCAAGAACUUCCUCGAAAACUUCCACCGGGAGAUCCUCAACAUCGUCCCAACGGAGGCUACUGGAACUUACCCUGGAUUUGUCGACACGUCACUGAGGGAUGCGCAGGAGUCGUACUGGCAGGGAAAUGUCCCGGCGUUGGAGCAGAUCAAGACGGUUUGGGAUCCAAAGGAUGUUUUCCACAACCCGCAGAGUAUCCGUCCGAUAACUGCUUAA